CUUGGAAGUUACCUCCUCUGAGUACCGCGCGCUCUACACAUCAGCGAGCAGCUCUCGAUGGCGGAGCUGGCGCUGCCUUCCUGGUUCAGCGGCCGGAAGCGAGAUGGCGACACCGCACCGCCGAGCGCUGGGGCAGCAGGCAGCGGCGGCCAGCCGACGGGGGGCAGCGGCAACAAGCAGGCCAAGAAGGGCGACGGCAAAGGCAACAAGGACGUGGCGAAGGUCGUGGCGCAGGUCGCGCGCCUCCUGCUCACCGUGACGCGCGAGCUCGGGGACGUGGCCAGCGUCGUGUUCCUCAGGUGGGACAUCGCCCUCGACAGAGGGCUUCCAGCUUGCCCGGUCGUGGCGGGCAAGAAGUACGACGAGCAGAGCAAGGACAUGAAGGCCAAGCAGCAGGCGGGGGAAGAGCAGGACUUCAAGGGCAGGGGUCCUCCGCACCUCCAGAUUUUCGCAUCGGCAAUGCAGCGCUGUGCAACACGGACUCCUACAGCGGGAUCUACGGAAGAGGUCGAGAAGCAAUUGGUUCUGGACAGCAAGGACUGGUGGCAGCAGUAUAUGAGCGAGGACAUCUCGCUGAAAGUGAUCGGCAGAGCGGUUCCGCACUUUCGUUGCAAGCCGCUGAAGAAGGAGAACAGGGCGAUCAUCAUGAUGCGGACCGACUUCAACAAGCCGAUGGGCGUGGAAGCGGCGAGGCUCUUGGAGGCGGUGAUCGAGGCCGAGGGCGGGGAGUUUCUUCUGGGAUCGGCUCCACGGGGGCCCAUAGAGAGGGAGCUUAUGGCCUGGGUGAACAAGUCAGACGGAGCUUGAGUGGAAGUUCGCGGCUUCAGGAGUUGAUUUCUAGAGGAUUGGUGGCGCCAGAUAUUCUGGAGCGCCCAGGCCGAUCACGAUCAGCUACGACGUACAGUGACCCUGGGCUGCCGCCAAUCCCGACUGUAGUGCUGCCUCGUAAUAGGCCGUUGCAGGCUAGAGGGAAGG